AAUAAAUGUUCAAAAAAUACAGUUUCUGGAUUUCAAAUUCCUCCAAAAAGCUUUAAAAAAAUUUGGUUGAUGGAAUCCAAACAUCUAUGGCAACUCAUCUCCUUCUAUCUCUCAACCACCCUUGCUCUUCUCCGUCACCUUGUUCUUCACAUCCUCACAUUGAAUCAAUCUCCAUUCAUAAUCAAAUUCAUGGAUUUAAUCUUAUCCGUUUAUUUCCGUUUAUGUAAUCUCAUACCCUGCGCCGUUGAUUUAGACGAUCAAACCACCAUCCAUUUUUGGGUCACCAAUCACCGCCGUUUCGACAGGCCGUCACUCGUAAUGAUCCACGGCUACGGCGGGAAUCCACUUUGGCAAUUCGUUUAUCAAGUGGGUCCUUUGUCACGGAGGUUUAAUUUGUAUAUUCCUGAUUUGUUGUUCUUUGGGAAAUCUCACUCCAAAAGUCCCUUCAGAUCUGAAUUUUUCCAGGCUAAGUGUUUGUCCGAUGGGUUGAAGAGGAUCGGAGUGGAUCGAUUCUCUGUUUACGCGAUUAGUUACGGUGGGUUCGUGGCGUACAGGAUGGCGGAGAUACGGCCGGAUGCGGUGGAGAAAGUGGCAAUAGUGAGUAGUGGAUUGUCUUUUACAGAUGAACAGAGGGAUCAACAGUUGAGAACAAUCGGACGGCAUCCGUCGGAGAUUUUGGUUCCGAAGAAACCAGAUGAUUUGAGGUUAUUGGUGAAUUUAUCAACGUUUAAGCAAAGUACUCUCAAAUGGGUCCCUGAUUUUUUGCUUCGACAGUUCAUAACGCUAAUGUAUGAUCAUUGUCGAAAGGAAAAGAUUGAGCUGGCAGAUUACUUGGUGAAGAAGAAAGCUGAUCCUAACCUUCAUGUCCUAACUCAGGAAACACUAAUAAUUUGGGGAGAUCAAGAUAAGGUUUUCCCAUUAGAACUUGCAUAUAACUUGCAAAGGCACUUGGGUAAAAAUUCAAGGUUAGAGAUAAUCAAGAAUGUAGGACAUGCUGCAAAUUUGGAGUCACCUGAUGAACUCAAUAAGUUGAUUUUUUCAUUUGUUAUAGGUUGUUCCUAAUCAUAAAACAAUGAUUAUCAAAUAAUAAUUUCAUAUAAGCUUUGUAUUUCAGACAUAUCUAAUCAAGUAUAAGUAUCUUUUUUUUUAUUAGUAAAAUUAGGAAUGAUAUUUACAAUUUUGUAAUAAUAUUAAACUAAGUAUUAUUAUCGAAUCUGUCGAUUGAAUCAUAGCUCGAUUGGCAUGAA